UCGCGGGUGCUGGUACUGGUACUGGUAUUGGUACUGGUACUGGUACUGGUACUGGUACUGGUGCUCUUGAUGUUGCUUACCGAUGAUAGUAGUGAAUUCACGGCAUAUUUCGCUUUUCUCUUUUGUGUGUAUCCUCUUCACCGACGUCGUGUCUAAACGAGCCGAUAUACGGGAAGUAACGGGAGGAAAAAUCAGUUGAAAAAACUCGCCGCUCACGUAUACUGCCUCGAGUGUCGCUUUCGUGAAUAGUUCUGCGCGCAAAUACAAAUACGAAAGAUCGCUAAUUUUGCGAUCGGAUUCCACAGAUUCCACAGUGCGAUAUCUCUUUAUUACUGAUACAACUUUAGACCAUCAGAAUGUAUCGCGUACUACUUUUUCUCGUCUUCGUCUACGGAAGCAUUCGUGGAAUGCAAUUUCCUAACAAAGGAGAUGUACCUCGCCUGUAUCAUCCGCGCUUUCUAAUGUACGAGGAGCCAUACAACAUCGAAUUCAAGUAUCACAAUUACGAGCAGAUGAGCCGUUUUCUUCGCGCAACGUCUCUUCGAUUUCAAAAUCUCACCGCGUUGUAUUCGAUAGGAAAGUCGGUGAAAGGUCGUGAUUUAUGGGUAAUGGUCGUGUCAUCAUCGCCUUACGAGCACAUGAUCGGAAAGCCCGAUGUAAAGUAUAUCGCUAACAUACACGGAAACGAAGCUGUGGGACGCGAAUUAAUGCUACAUCUCAUUCAUUUUCUCGUGACGUCAUACGGCUCAGAUGCAUAUGUUACGUGGUUAUUGGAUAACACAAGAAUUCAUAUUUUGCCGUCGAUGAAUCCUGAUGGCUUUGAAGUCUCUAAAGAGGGACGCUGCGACGGUGGUCAAGGCAGGUAUAACGCGCGCGGCUUUGACUUGAAUCGCAAUUUCCCAGAUUAUUUCAAGCAAAAUAAUAAAAAGAGCCAGCCAGAGACCGAGGCCGUUAAGGAGUGGGUUUCAAAAAUUCAGUUUGUGCUCUCGGGCAGUCUGCACGGUGGUGCGCUCGUGGCCAGCUAUCCCUUCGACAAUACUCCAAAUUCGCGAAUAUGUCGAUCAGCGCCACUAUGUGCAGUGUUUCAGAGUUUCACAUCGACGCCGAGCAUCUCGCCGGAUGACGACGUGUUUCAACAUUUAUCGUUGACGUACUCUCGAAACCAUGGGUCUAUGUAUCAGGGAUUACCGUGCUCACCGUCCCAGCCCGCAUUUAAGCGUGGAAUUACCAACGGCGCCGAAUGGUACCCGCUUACCGGUGGAAUGCAAGACUUUAACUACGUGUGGAACGGCUGUAUGGAGAUCACCUUGGAACUUUCUUGCUGCAAAUACCCACCAGCCGCAGAUUUGCCGCAUUACUGGGCGGAGAAUCGAGUGUCUCUAAUCAAAUUUUUGGCGGAGGCUCACAGAGGUAUACACGGUUUUGUUGUCGAUGAAAAUGGUAAUCCCAUUGAAAGGGCUUCCGUUAAAGUGAAAUCACGAGAUGUCAGUUUCUUGACGACGAAAUAUGGCGAAUUUUGGAGAAUUCUUUUACCUGGCGUUUACAAAUUAGAGGUAUUCUCGAACGGAUACAUACCUCGUGAGGUGGAAUUUGUAGUAAUCGAACAACAUCCGACGCUCCUCAAUGUUACUCUUUAUUCGACAAAAAGACAAUAUGAUGAGGAAAGUGGGUCCAUUUUAUAUAAUGGGAAUACCGGCGGAAGACCUUAUCCGCACCGGGAACAUGCGUUACAUUAUCGGCCGCAAUCGGGAGUUAAUACUGCUGCGGAUGCCAACAACGGUAUCUUCUCGUCUAUUAGUAAUGGAUUCAACAGCUUCAUGACCAAUCUCUUUGGAUAAUCUUGUGAAACAUGUGCAAAAAUCACAUACACUUAUACGCGCGCGCGCCUACACACACACACACACACACACACACACACACACACACACACACACACACA